AUGACGACUAUCGAAUUUGGAGGAGGUCCGACGUUAAAAGCGCGUAGGCAAUUUGCUAAUCUGAAAGAAGGUUCUCACGUGCCAAAAUAUACUGGACACAUUCAUCAGAUUCGGUUUCGACAAGGACAUACUUAUGGCGAGCAAACACAUCAGCUGUAUAAAGAAUAUCCACAAUUAUCACGUUCAAAAUCUGAUUUACCAAUAAGCGAAAAAAGGCAAUUGCAAGAACAAAAAGCACUUGAAGACCCAUAUGAGACACAUGAGUUCCCAGAUGGACUGCUUCCAGGCUACACUGGUUAUGUUCCACAACGCAAAUUUCAACAUGGCGAUCGUUAUCGAGUUGAGACAGACGAAUGUUUAGUAAACUCAAAAAAAGAGUACGACGAUGCCAAACAGAAAAUCAAUGAUUUACAACGAACAAUUGCUUCUUAUCCAAAACCAUUAAGUCUCAACAAUGAUCGAACUGUUAAACAUUUUCUAGACUAUCAUCGUGCCUAUCAUCCAAAUGAAAUAUCAACAACGUCUGAUAGAAGAUUGCUAACCGAGCCACCAAUACCCGGUUAUCAGGGUUAUAUACCUCGAAUUCGACCAACAGAGCUUGGUCUAGGAGCACGAUAUCAUGAAACAACGAGAAAAGGUUUAAAUCGUUUUGCAUUAGAAACUCAGCAUUCAAUGACAAAUUGGCCCAUUUCGCUAGCAGAUACAAAUAAUUCUACGGCAGAUCCUAAUUUGCAAGAUUCAACGUCUGACUUAAGAAUGCAAACGCCAAGAAUUAGUUCAGCAAAUAGAUUGUAUGUCAAACCAGGAAUGAUCCCAAAAUAUACGGGCUAUUUACCACAACGAAAAUAUCAUAUUGGACACACGUAUGGUGACACAACCCGUUCAUUACCUGUAUGUAGUCAUUCAUUUUCGAAUUAUGCUGAUUUUAUACGUUCAAAAACAUUUAUUGAAUCAGUUGAUCAUAACAAAACAACGGCAGACAUUUAUUAG